CGCGGGGUUUGGUUGCACGCAGGCUGCAGUUUCAGUUUGUUUUAUUCACCAUUUUGAGUAGCUGAAGGUAAAAAAUAAGAAAAAUUGGAGAGCAAGUCGCUGUUUUGUUUUCAGCCGCAAGCCCGGACGCUGGAGUAGGACGUCGCCCUCACUCCCCUCGGUGUUUUGCAGAACGGAAAUUUAUUUGCUUUCUCGUGCUUUUUCUUCUUUCUUACAUCCCCAACCUCUACAGUAUUCCUGCAAAAUGUCAAGACCAGUGAGGAACAGAAAAGUGGUGAACUACUCACAAUUCAAUGAGUCUGACGGUGAAGAUGAGGAAUAUGGCGGUGACAAGCCUAAGAAGGUGCGCUCAGCCCCACGGGAGCCCAAGCACAAGCGCUCAAAGAACUCACAGGAAGAAAGUGAGGAUUCUGACGAUAAGCUUUCCAAAGACAAAAAUGAUUCUGCCGAGGAUUUUGGCAGCGAGGAGGAAGAUAACGACUUUGGAGAGGAAGAGGAGGAUGAGGAUGGAGGAAGUGACUAUGAAGAAAAAAAAGGGAAAAAGGGGAAGAAACCAAAACCGGAGAAAGUCAGCAAGAGGACCCCUAAGAGGAAACGAGCCGCCGCAGAUGACAGUGACGAUGACCGGGAUGUGAGUCGAAAGCGUACAGUGCGCCAGGCCGCCUCCAAGGCAGUGUCAAAACAGAGGGAGAUCCUCCUGGGAGAUGGCGGCAGUGAGGACGAGGAGCAUGAAGAACAAGAGGAAUCUUAUCUGGACCAGGAUGAGUCGGGCAGUGAUGAAGACUUUAUGGUGGAGGAUGAUGAUGACAGCGACUAUGGUCACUCAAAAAAGAAGGGCAAGAAGGUCAUUCGACAGGGACGGACAAACAGAAAGGAAAAGAAAUCCCCCAAACCCAGGCUAAAGGCAACAGUGACCCCGAGUCCAGCUAAAGGCAAGGGAAAGGGUCGUCCAAGCACCAAGGCUCUAGAGAAGAGCUCGCCCAAAGAGGAGGAAGAGGAGGAGCCUGAAAGCCCAGUGGAGGAGGAGGAGGAAGAAGCAGAGAAGAAGGAAAGCUCCCCUGCUCCCAAGAAGACGAAGGAGACCACUGGAGGAGAGGAGGAGGAGGAAGAGGAAGGGGAGGGAGAGGAGGAGGAGGAUGGCUCAGAGGAGGAGGCACCCUCUGGAGAAGACUAGAACAUGCGUCUUCUCCACUUUCUCUUCUGUUGCUCUGCAUUUAGAGUUUUAUUUUGUUUUUGUUUGUUUUGUUUUUUUUUCUUCUGCUGGUGGCCUGGCGCAAUGGUUUGGACUUCUUACUUUUUUGUUUGUCAGCUUGUUGUCAGUGCACCACAGUUGCCCAGCCAGGGAUCAUUCAGGAUCCUUCAGAAACGUGCUCAUACCCUGAGGUGAGGAGACACUACAUUUAAAUUUUUCCCCCAAGUCUAAUAAGUGAGCAUCCGUCCUGUUAUUUCAUCUAAUCAAGUUUUUACUUGUUAAACUGGUUAUUUGUGAUUAGCGAAGCCCACAGCACUGCAUGCUAUUUUUCUAUUUCUGUUUUUAACUUAACAUCACGUUUUAACAGAAAAACUUAUCUUUCAAACUAUUUGAGUUUGUGUUUUUGCCCUCCUUUUAAAUAAUCAUCAUGUGUGUUCUUGUUCCAUGGGUGUACCACAUACGAAAUGUUUCAAGAUGUAUUCUAUUGGGAAGGUGUGUUCAUACUUAAACAACUAACCUUCACUCGUUUAUGUGCUUCUUUAAAACUUAUGUAGCUGCUCUUUGUAAAACGGUUCAAGUUUUGGCCUUUUGAACUAACGUAAGCUUAUACUGGGCUUUUAAACGAUGUAUCAGGCUACUGUAAUCACCCUUCAUCUCAUGUGGCAUCUUAGCAAUCAACUCGUUGUGCCAGGUGACCCUUUUUUUUCUUUUUUUUUUUUUUCCUUUCUUUUUUUUUUCUUUUUACCUAUUUUGGUAAGUGCAAGUAAGAGAUGUGACUUUCUUUUAUUUUAUUUUUUGUUUUUUUUAGUCCAAAAUGAUUGUCAUUUUCUCCUGUUCAUUGUUCUAAUUCUCUAUUCAGAUUUUUUUUGUAAUGUUUGUUUUUUAAGAAAAGAAAUAAAAUGUAUCUUGAUUUUAAAGAAAAAGAA